AUGAUCACUGUCACCAAGACCAAGGCGGGCAAGAAGGCCCAGGCCUCAACCACGCUCGUGGCGGAACCUCAGUUCCCUGACAUCAACACCAUCAGGAAUGCCAUCCCCAAGCACUGCUUUGAGUCCUCUGCUGUCAUCGGACUGUCCUACCUGGUCCGUGAUCUUUGCAUGGCUGUCGGCCUGGGUUAUGCUGCCGUCACCUACAUUCCCACCAUUCCUGACUUCUACCUGCGAUCUUUCGCCUGGAUCGUCUACGGCUAUGUUCAGGGCCUCAUUUGCACCGGCAUCUGGAUUCUGGGCCACGAGUGCGGCCAUGGCGCCUUCUCCAAGUACCAGACCUUCAACGACGUUGUCGGCUGGUUCGCUCACUCCAUUCUCUGCGUCCCCUACUUCUCCUGGAAGUUCUCUCACCACCGCCACCACCGCUUCACCGGCCACAUGGACAAGGACAUGGCUUUUGCUCCUCGCACCAAGGCUGAUUACCUGGAGCGCCUUCUCUCCAAGUUCGACUUCCUCGAGGAUACCCCCAUCUACCACAUCAUCUGCCUUUUCUUCCACCAGACCAUGGGAUGGACCUUCUACCUGAUCUUCAACAUCUCCGCCGGUCGCAACAGCAUGCAGUACAAAGCUUCUCUCGGCCGCCGCAGCCACUUUGACCCUUGGAGUGGUGUCUUCCGCCCCAGCGAGGCUCCUUUCAUUGUCCUUUCCGACAUUGGUCUUGGCCUCACCCUCUACUCUCUGUACCGCCUCUCUUUCUUCGUUGGUGUCCAAAACACCGUUCUUCUGUACGCUCAGACCUGGUUCUGGGUUCACCACUGGUUGAUCGCAAUCACCUACCUCCACCACACUGACAAGGAUGUGCCUCACUAUGAUGCUGAGCACUGGACCUUUGUCAAGGGCGCCGUUGCCACCAUCGACCGCGAGUUUGGUUUCGUCGGCCGCCACCUCUUCCACGGCAUCAUUGAGUACCACGUUGUUCACCACCUGUUUCCUCGCAUCCCCUUCUACUAUGCCGAGGAGGCCACCGAGGCCAUCAAGCCCGUCCUUGGCGACCUUUACCGCCGCGACGAGCGCAGCUUCCUGGGCCAGCUCUGGGACAACUUCUCCAACUUGAAGUAUGUCGAGCCUGAUGUGGCCAUCCCCGGUGCUAUGAAAUGGGUCACCCGCGCUUAA